GCACCCCCUGCGAAACUCCUCACCAGUACAAUCAUUUAGCAAUAGCCAUCUCAUCAUCUCCAGCUGAGCUCGGCUGCGCUACUAUUCCAAAACUCAUUAGGGAUGGCUCGCGCUGCAGCUACUCAGCUCGUGCUGGUCGCCCUGGUGGCCGCCAUGCUCCUCGUAGCCGCCGACGCGGCCAUCUCCUGCGGUCAGGUGAGCUCUGCCUUGAGCCCCUGCAUCUCCUAUGCCCGCGGCAACGGCGCCAAACCGCCUGCGGCCUGCUGCAGCGGCGUCAAGAGACUGGCCGGCGCUGCCCAGAGCACCGCUGACAAGCAAGCGGCGUGCAAGUGCAUCAAGAGCGCUGCGGGUGGGCUUAACGCUGGCAAGGCCGCCGGCAUCCCCUCCAUGUGCGGCGUCAGCGUCCCCUACGCCAUCAGCGCUUCCGUCGACUGCUCUAAGAUUCGCUGAUCAACCACUGCCCACCAUGGGCGCCCGCCUAUAGCGACGCCCGUCGCCGCUGAGGUCACGUAUAUAUAUGAAUAAACGCUCUGAUCUGAUCUCCAUGUGAGGGAGAAAGGAGUCUGCAUGCUGAGCCAACUCUGUAUGGCCGGCCAAUAUCGUACUAUGGUUGUUUUUUACUUUCUCUCCCUUUUGAGGAGACACGAGGCUUUAUUGUACGUUGCACCAUGUACACUUCCAUUAUAUGGAUUAUACUUAUAUAAUCAUUUCAUCCA